AUGUGUUGCCUGGCGACUAUUGAGUGCAGCGGUGCCGGCGGGGGACUUCUCGAGAUUGUGCGAGAUAUCUAUCUCGGAGCGUCCUCCUCGGUCAGCGUAACCGGUGGAAAAACCGAUGACAUCCGAGUUCUUUCCGGCAUCCGUCAGGGCUGCCCCUUAAGUGGCCUACUAUUUAUUCUAGCGAUUGAUCCAGUAGUUUCCUCACUACAGGGUGCUGACGCGGAUCACCGCGUUCUGGCCUUUGCAGAUGACCUGUGUCUGUUUGAAAACAGUGCCCCGGACCUCCAGCUUGCGAUCGAUUCCGCACAGGCAAGCCUGAACCGCCUGGGACUCUCUAUUAAUGCUGGCAAGUGUGCAUCCCUGCACGUGUCUGGCCGUACACCAGUUGGGGUCCGCGACACCACGUUCAAUCUGCAGGGUGCCGCCCUUAAACCUCUCGCUGAAGGAGAUGCCGCCUCGUUCCUCGGAGCACAGGUGGGCUUUAACAUGAUCCCUUCGUUGGCCACAAUUGCCGAGAUCAUUGAAUUUGGCCUUAAGAUCGUAAUUAGCAAGCUCGUUCCCUGGCAGAGAAUAGACGCCCUCAAAACCUUUUUCUACCCAGCAGCAGUCCACCUACAGAGUAUGGGCACGUUCUCGAAGACGGACUGGAAGAGGGUUGAUGACAUCAUGAGGCCUGAGAUCAAGACCACUCUCAACGUCCCUCAGGAGGCGUCCAACGAAUAUCUAUACGGCUCUACGUUACAGGGAUGCUGUGGCAGACAGACGCAGACAUAG